AUGUCCAAAUAUAUUGGGCAUGCUCCAUGUGGUUCACCAUUACCACCAAGAAUGGACGAUCAAAAGCAUACAUUGACAAUACAAACAAAAUUUAACAUUUUUAUGAAUGAACGUUGGACUCCUGCAGCAGCAAAUGAGGAUAUUGAAGCAUUGUUGAAAAAAUUCGAUGAAACUUAUUUUGUCAAUAUGAUAUUUGAUGGUUAUACGUUUGAUCCGAGGAAUUAUGAUGAGAAUGUUCAAUACAUUGCCAAUCUACCCACCUUGGAAAAACGUGAAGUUGAUAAGUGGAUAGAGAAAAUCAACCAUGCAGGAGGAAUCAGUAGAUCUACCCAUAUAUGA